CGUUGCCCUCCACCAAAAGUCGAUCUUCUUCAACCCCAAUUCGCACCAUCUGAGGAUUGCUUAGGAAGGCAAUAAGUUCUUUAUUGUCGAGUUAGGCAAGAUGCAGAUUUUCGUCAAGACCCUCACGGGGAAGACGAUCACCCUUGAGGUGGAGUCUUCCGACACCAUCGACAACGUCAAGUCCAAGAUCCAGGACAAGGAGGGCAUCCCCCCUGACCAGCAGCGCCUCAUCUUCGCUGGCAAGCAGCUCGAGGAUGGCCGCACCCUGAGCGACUACAACAUCCAGAAGGAGUCCACCCUCCACCUGGUCCUCCGCCUCCGCGGUGGUAUGGCCAAGAAGCGCAAGAAGAAGGUCUACACCACCCCCAAGAAGAUCAAGCACAAGCGCAAGAAGACCAAGCUGGCUGUCCUCAAGUACUACAAGGUCGACUCUGAUGGCAAGAUCGAGCGACUUCGACGCGAGUGCCCCGCCGACACUUGCGGCGCUGGUGUCUUCAUGGCUGCCAUGCAGGACCGCCAGUACUGCGGUCGCUGCCACCUCACCUACGUCUUCGACAAGCAAUAAAUGCAUGACCAAGGGACUUGAAUUGGGAUUGAUGACGGAUCGGAUUGGGUGCCAAAAAUGGGCGUUGACGGGCUUUUGUAGCAUAAAGCACAUCCGGUUUCUGAGAUAAUGCAUGCUUGAUUGAGACGACAAACUUGUUAAAUCACACAACCUGUUCUCGCCUGUGACUUUGCUUGUAUCUGCAUAUGUGUGUCUGCUCGUCAUGGUGAUUUGCCACUUAAACCUUCACCAGAAUUCGCAGCUCUGGUAUCAUUUGUGCGCUCCUAUCAAGACUUGCUCUGUAACGCUCCAAACGCAUUGCAAAAUUGCCAAGACCCUUGUAAUCGCUCAUUCAUACCAGUCCUUAUCUGUUGAAUUUCGCAGCCUCGCAUGAAUUUCUUGGUGUCCACCGGUG